AGGAGGUUUAAAAGUAAUGGCAUACCGAAACAACUGGUUCAAGAUGAAAGAAGAUCAUUCAUAUGAAUUCGUCAUAAACUUUAGUGUUCUGCCACUGAAGAAAGGGUGACAGUCCCAAAGUUCAGAUCUAGUUUUGUUGCUGAGUUACGGGUUUACAAUGGAUUAUAUUUUACAUACCAACAUCAGGUAUUCCUUACGAUUUAUAUUUUAUAUAAUAUCUAUUUGUCAGAGAAGCUAUGAAAAUGAAAUAAGAUGCGGCUCGGAGUUGAAGAGCUUUCUUAUUCGGCAACAAAAUUUGGUUAUCAAACUGCAGAGUGAACUUCUUGAGGGUAAAUUAAAGCAGUUGGAAUCUGUUCAGACCACCGUGGAAUCUGCCGUUCAGGAAAGUGUACAAGCUGAGAUCAGGUUAAAUACAGUAAAGCUGUUUCAAAGGUCCCGCCGGAAACUGCACUGACAGAACAGAGCUUGAAAAAGUUGAACAUAUUAUGAAAGGCGAAAUAUUUCCUUUGCUCGGUGGGAGGAAAGAGAACUUUGCACAGAACAAAACAUCAGCUAAACCUGCUGGCUGGUUUAGAUAUGUGAUAGUUUUGCUUGUGUGUUGCGGGUUCAUAAUGGACUACAUCUUACGUAUGAACGUCAGUUUCGCGUUGGAUAGUGAUAUGGUGGCUGCACCAGAAAAUUGUACUGCAAAUGAUAAAAGAUGUUGGUCCCAGGCUCAACAAGGUUACAUUUUGAGCUCCUUUUUCUGGGGCUACUUUGCCACGCAGCUUCCGGGCGCUGUGAUCUGCUGUUAUUUUGGGGCCAGCAAAGUCUUUGGUAUCGGCCUCUUCAUCGCCAUCCUAGCAACCUUCCUUUGUCCUUUUAUCUCUGGUGUCAACUUUUGGCUGUUUAUUGCACUGCGUCUUUUCAUUGGAUUGGGGCAAGGUGUAACAUUCCCGGUGGCCUUGAACAUCAUUAGAAACUGGGCCCCUUCUUCUCAGUUUGCCACGUUUAUAGCUUUAUGUGCCGGGGGUCAGUAUCUGGGGGGUGUCCUGGCGAACUCUUUUUCUGGACUGUUAGCUUCUGGUAGCUUUUUGGGGGGCUGGCCCAGUCUUUUCUAUGUGUAUGGAGGCUGUGGAGUACUAUGGGCUCUGCUAUGGUUUGUCUUUGUUAGAGAUGAUCCGGCCACAUCAUACUGGACUUCCACCGCUGAAAAGGAGUACUUGGCCGCGACUACAGUCCCUAAGAAAGCAGUUCAGAUAUCUGAAAUACCCUGGAAAGGUAUUCUGAAAAGCGGAAGAGUUUGGUCAACUUGUGUCAUGCACAUGUGUAAUGGGUAUGGGUACUUCAUGUUACUGUCAGACAUUCCCAAGUUUAUGAUCGAAGUUUUGCAGUACAACAUGAAAGACUCCGGGUUUAUAGCCUCGCUACCUUACGUCAUGAUUUACAUUGGUUACAUUUCGGGUGGAUACUUUUCUGAUCUUCUUGUAAGAAACGAAAUUCUGUCAAAAACAUGGACAAGAAAAUGGUGUAGUGUUACCUCCCACGUUAUUUCGGCCAUUCUUUUGACUGGCAUGGCCUACUGUGAGAACAAUGUCCCCAUCCUGAUUCUCUUGAACAUAGCAAUGUAUUUCCAGGGUUAUGCUAACCUAUGCUACUAUGCGAACUAUGUUGAUCUCUCUCCUCGCUUUUCUCCGAUCCUCUGUGGUUUUGGUAACGGCCUUAGUGCUGUAGCUGGAAUCAUGGGGCCCAUUGUUGUUGGAUUCCUUGUCAAUAAUGUUGAUCCAAACGAUUAUGAGAAAGUGCAUGGACGGUGGAAAAUAGCCUUCCUGUCGGCUUCAGCAGUCUGGGUAUUUGGCUCUCUCCAAUAUUGUGUGUUUGGUUCCGCUGAGGUGCAGCCCUGGAAUUCCCAUGGGUUGGAGAAGGAAACGUCUGUGGAGGAUGAAGAUCUUCUAUAUGCUUACGCCGAAGAAAGCAGCCGAGGUUUCGGUAUUUAGAGGAUUACACUGUCCAAGGCUCUGACUUGUAACUGAUUUGUAUUUGAGUUGUAAAUUGACAAAUGAUACUCGGGGUUUAAGUGCUUUAGCCAGGUGUAGCUGGCCCCAUAAUAUUAUAAAGGUCCAAAGGAAUUGUUUUAAUUUUUAACGAAAAGUUCGAAUAUGUGUUAGGUAUAUGAUAUGAAAUGAAUCAUGUAAAAAAUGUCAUUGAUUGUCAGAACGUUUUCGUUAUAUUCUUCCAUAUUUCCAUUGCAUAAAUAAUACUUAUUAUGUGAAUUAUUUCGGUAUAGCGUCAUGUCGUUUUGUUUCCUACUGAUUUAUAACCCCUUU